AAUGACACUAAUAAUAUUAGAAUUUUGUUUUUGUGUUUGAUUGUGGAACUAGCAAAAUCCUUUGCUAUUAGUUCCCUUAAUGGUAGUUCCCUGUCCUCGUGAAUUCCCACUUUUUCUUGCUCGCUGCUUCGAUCACAUCGCCAUUAACUCCCUUGAGAAAUCAAAUCUCUUCUUCUUCUUGAAACCUCCGUCGCCCCACCGCAACCUCCUCCGGUUCCUCUUCUUAAUCGCAUCGCCACCCAUUGUUCCGACUCGCAAUUCCCGUCUCUCCACGUUCUCUCCCACAAAAAUGUCUCGCCUUCUGCAGACCAGCUUCGUCCCCGCCGCGCCGGCCUCCCUGCGCCGCCCAUCCGCCGCCCCUUCCGUUUCCCGUACCCGUGUGCACGUUGUGAAAUCGAAGAUCCGCGAGAUUUUCAUGCCGGCGCUUAGCUCCACCAUGACGGAAGGCAAGAUCGUGAGCUGGAUCAAGUCCGAGGGCGACAAGCUCUCCAAGGGCGACUCCGUCGUCGUCGUGGAGUCUGAUAAGGCGGACAUGGACGUUGAGUGCUUCUACGAUGGGUUUCUGGCGUCGAUUGUGGUUCCGGAAGGAACCUCUGCCCAGGUUGGGUCCACAAUCGCCCUAUUGGCCGAAUCGGAAGAGGAAAUCGAAACUGCCAAAUCUCAAAUUCCGUCUCUUACCCCUGCAGGAGGAGGCUCAAAUUCGACACCGGAAUCUGCUAAUUCUUCAAUUCCAUCAGCUGUUUCUGUCGAUUUGCCCGACCCGACUAAGAGCCUGACCCAGCAUGGAAGCCGGGGGUCUGCCCUGCACCCGGCUUCCGAUAAGGGGAAGAGGGUGGUGGCAACCCCAUACGCAAAGAAACUGGCGAAGGAGCUUAAAGUUGACCUGAAGAGUGUUUCUGGCAGUGGCCCGAAUGGGAGGAUUGUUCCUAAGGAUGUUGAGGCUGCCGGUGGUGUUACUUCUGCUGCCACCACUGGUGUUACUUCUGCUGCUGUCAGUGGUGGCUCCGCCACGGAGAAGAGGAGUGAACCUGUGGUGGAGUUGGGGAAGACAGUGCCAUUCACUGCAAUGCAGAGUGCUGUGAGUAGGAAUAUGGUGGAGAGUUUGAGUGUGCCAAGCUUUAGAGUUGGUUACACCAUUACUACAGACUCACUUGAUGCUCUCUACAAAAAGAUCAAGUCAAAAGGAGUUACAAUGACGGCACUAUUGGCAAAAGCAGCUGCCCUUGCUCUGGUUCAACAUCCUGUUGUGAAUGCAAGUUGUAGAGACGGGAAGAGUUUUACGUACAACAGUAGCAUCAACAUUGCCGUUGCAGUGGCCAUUGACGGUGGGUUGAUCACUCCGGUGCUCCAGGAUGCUGACAAGGUUGAUAUAUACUCAUUGUCAAGAAAGUGGAAGGAACUAGUUGGUAAAGCCCGGGCAAAGCAGCUCCAGCCUCAUGAAUAUAACACAGGCACUUUUACCGUGUCCAACCUUGGGAUGUUUGGAGUUGAUCGUUUUGAUGCCAUUUUACCGCCUGGAACUGGUGCAAUAAUGGCUGUGGGAGCUUCUAUACCAACUGUUGUUGCCACCAACGAUGGGUGGGUUGGUAAAAAGAACCAAAUGCAGGUAAAUGUUACUGCAGACCACCGCAUAAUAUACGGUUCUGAUCUCGCCUCUUUCUUGCAAACGUUUGCAAAGAUUAUCGAAGACCCCAAAGAUCUCACUCUCUAAGUCCAGUUAUACAUGCCCCAUUUUUGAAGACUUGAGUGCUUUACUGUAAUUUCACUCUAGUUAAGUUUCAUAAAUGAACCCAUUUUUUUCAACAUAAACAUUUUGUGGACAUCUUCUGGUCAUCUUUUUGAGGGGUUGGAAUCAAAUGAAAUCCUUAUU